GGCUCAUUCUCCAGUGAGACGCGUUCGACGCCACUUGUGGCUCUCACUUCGUUAAUCUCCAAAUCAGGAAUUUUCAGUGAAGUUUUUCCAAAUGGGACUUUGGGGACUUUUUGAUGGAGGAAUUUGUGAUUUUUUUUGUGAGGUGAAUAAUUUGUGAGACACUUUUGUGGAAUAAAACUAUUUGUUCGGGAGAGGAUAUCUGAGGAAAUUAUCAGUUUAGUGUGAGAAAAAGGUGAUUGGACAAUUUCGCGCGCUUUUUUUUCACAAACGUAUCCACGUGUUUAAUUAAGGACCUAUAGUUUCCAAAAAAAGGCGGGAAAAUAGGUGUUUUCUGAGGGAUUGCAGAAGAUAAUGGAGGAUCCUCAUUUGGCAGACGAAUACGUGCAGGAUUUCGUGCUUGAGCAUCUUGAGGAUACAGCCGUAAAGCGCGAGGACCCAAGCCCACCCACGACUAAAAUGUCCUGGACAGCAGGAGUUGAAGAUGAGGUGGAGCCCCCAAUACAUACCAUGAAACUUCGAUCCUUGCCAUCGCAGCAGCAUGCUGGACACAUAGCCUGGCAUCAUGAUAAGCGACGCCUACAUACCUUGUCGCCACCGCCGGAAAUGUACAGUGGGCCCAUGGCAGCUGGCCAGCCUGUCCUGGUGAAUGCAGCCGUGGCAGGAGUACCCACAACCCCACCCGAGACACCUCCGGGCACGGGUUCACCCAAUCCACCCUGUUCUCAGGGAUACACAGCCUAUCAUGGAGUACAGCGUCAGAGCAAUGGCCUGGUGGAGGAUAUGAUGUUCCUUACGGAUACCAUGCGACUGGAACAGCCACUGGAUUUACGUCAUUUACAUUGUGACGAAGGGGAUUGGGAUCGCCGAAGUUAUAUGCAAGCAGGAGAUGGAAAUGUAACUGGACCACCCUUCGGUUUCCAACAUCAUCAUCUCACCCACCUUGAACAUAUGGGUCCUUAUCAUCCACACGGACACAUGGUCAGACCCUUAAGUGGUGGCUCUACGGGCACCACAGUUGUCUCUCCGCGCCAAUCUACCGGCCAGCACAGUUCCAGCAGUGAAGGUAGUCUAGGCAGUAAGGACGAUAAAGAGAUCGAUGAUGAUGAACUUAUGUCCCUAACUGUCCGGGAGCUCAAUAAACGACUUCAUGGCUAUUCCCGCGAAACUGUGGUGCGCUACAAGCAGAAGCGACGGACGCUGAAGAAUCGUGGCUAUGCCCAGAAUUGUCGAUCAAAAAGACUACAGCAGCGUCAGGAUUUGGAACUCACCAAUCAAACCCUACACAGUGAGUUGAAUCGCAUGAAGAUGGACCUGAAGAGGGUGAUACAGGAGCGUGAUCAGCUCAGGCAGAUGCUGAUGCCAAUUGGACAUUCACAGGCCGCCGGAACACCCAGUGGGACCCCACAGAAUGAAGCUAUCCAUUCAGACGGCACCGGAUCUCCAAGGGAGUUCUAUCUAUGACGGCAGAGCAGCAGUGCACACAACCACUGGCCAGGACGAUACUAAACAUUUCCAAAGAGAGGUGACUAUUACCUUUGUUGCAUGACCCUUAAGGGCUCUUCCCGUGGUUUACGCUACAAUCUCGAAAUCCAUUCUGGUUUAAUCUCUGUUGUUAUUUUAAUAAAUUUAUCAAAGAUUCAAAAGACAUUUUAAAAUCUGCAAAAUAUAAAUUUAUUAUUGAAAUUAAUUUUUUCAGUUGAUAAAUUGAUAUAGAUUCUCAAUUUAUGCACUCUUUGGAUUGGGGGUUUAAUCCUGUUUUCAAAUAUCUUUUUCUUUCACCAUUUCUUUCACCACUUCUAAGCUUGAAAAAAAUAUCUUAAAAUUUGGAAUAUUAUGAAAUAGAUAACUUAAACCAUGUUGCUAAACGUCUUAGCAGCAGAAGUCUUUACUUAAAGAAAAGCAGCUUAAACGGAAACGUGAAACGGUUUUGAACCUGAGGUUUAUCCAUAAAGCUAACUGCUCUUGUUUUCCAACAGGUAGAUUUUUUGGAAAUUUUGAACUUUUGAUUAGAACAAGUAUUAAGUUGAUCCUUUACACGGGCUUCAGACUGAGGGUUUAGCUGAAUUAAAACAAUUUUUCCGAUCUUUCAAAAUUAAAUUUAUCAUUUGUCUUUAAUAUCCAAACAUAAGUCUAAAUUUUUAUAAAAAUAUUGCAUGAUAAGAAACUGGAGAAGUUUAACGGCAUGGCUAAAUCUUAAGUUUAAAGCCCAUAUUACACGAACUUCAGAUAAGAAGCUCAAUUAUCCAAGGUCUUAAAAUUCAAAAUUACAAAUAAUUUUAUUGAUUUUCAAAGUAAAAUCGAUCACUUGUCCUUAAUAUCCAAACCUAAGUCACUUAUUUUUCAAAAAUAUUGAUAAGAAAUUGAAUAGGUUGGGUCAUAUGGCUAAACCAUGGAUCUGAAGAUCUUAGUUUUAUAUUUUAAAAAAUAUCAAUAAAAUUGCUUAUUAUUUAAAAUUCAAGACCUUUGGAAACAGGGUUCACUUCUUAGUCUGUAACUUGUUUUUUUAAUCUUAUUUUUUAUCUUUAAAAGAAAUUUCAAAAUAUAAAAA